AUACUUAAGUUGGUAUAAGCCUGAAUAUACGAAAAUUAAGCAUAGUUUACGUCGAAAUAAAUAAUACAUUAGUUGCAAAUAUAAUUCAUAAACGAGGAAUAGGAGUACAUAUCAAUUAAUACUUCAAAAUUGUUUAAGUGAUUCGAGAAAUAUGUGUGGUCGAGCUGCUUGUUCCCUGAACCCAGACACUUUGAGUCGUUGUUGCGGUUAUAAGGACGCUAAUGGCAAACAAUGCAUAACCUCAUGGGCCAAAAAUGAUGUUCAAUAUACUCCAUCAUGCAAUAUUGGUCCAAAGGGAGUUCUUCCAUGUCUCGUUGCUGGCUCGCAUUUUGACACAGAAGAAGAAAGAGUUCUUUGUGCUAUGUUUUGGAGUAUGAUUCCCCCUUGGCACGAGGGUGAUUAUAGGAAAUUUAACUUGUCAACACAUAAUGCACGCUUGGAAAAUAUAAAGAGUUCCAAAUUAUAUGGUCCACCCCUUCGUAAAGGACAGAGAUGCAUCGUAGUAUGUGAAGGAUUCUACGAAUGGAAAACUGGGAAAACAAAAAAAGAUCCUAAGCAGCCAUAUUACAUUUAUGCUACUCAAAAAGAAGGUGUAAAAACAGAUGAUCCUACAACGUGGAAAGAUGAGUGGUCAGAAGAAUCGGGUUGGCAGGGAUUUAAAGUUCUCAAAAUGGCAGGAUUGUUUAAUAUAUUCAAAACUGGAGAUGGUAAAACGAUACACAGUUGUACCAUAGUAACAACAAAUUCAAACGAUGUCAUGUCUUGGUUACAUGAUCGUGUACCUGUGUUUAUAAAUACAGAGCAAGAUACAGAGAUUUGGUUGAACGAGGAAUUGUCAGUAGGUGAUGCUGUUGAUAAAUUAAACAGCUUAACGUUAUCGCACAACGAUUUAAGUUGGCAUACAGUGUCGACUCUUGUAAACAAUGUAUUAUGUAAAAGUGACAAUUGCCAUAGAGAGACAAAGCCUAUAGAAGAAAAAAAGAACAACCCUUCUAGUCUUAUGGCUUCCUGGCUGAAAAAGGGGUCUACAGAAUCAAGCAAAAGAAAGAGUACUGGAACUGAAGAAAAUGAUGAAGUUCCUUCAAAAAGUGCAAAGGAAACUUGAUUUUCUUUGGGAAAAAUGUUAAAUUCAAUAUUGAGGGAGCUUUUAUUAUCAAAACAGUACAUGUACCUACACAGUAUAAACAUUCCCGACAUUGAUUUUAAAAUAUUUAUAUUUAUUUGCUUAAGUUAUGAAGUUUUUAUAUUUUUGUAUUAAAUCUUUUAUAACACAUAUAUAAGUAAUAAGAUUAAAUUCUAUUAGAUCUCCACAUUAUAGGUAUAUAAAGUACUAUAUACAUAUAUUUUAUUUAGUAUUAAGUUAUAAAUUUAUCUUACGUAUAAACAAUCGUUAUAGAAGAAUAAAAUGGAUUUCCUUUUAUCCUUUGUAAACCUAAAAUAAACUUCUUCAUGGUGAA